CAUAUUCCAAUUAUGUCACAAAAUAGUGGGCCUAACCGUAAUAUCAUUUCUGUGUUCCACCACACAAAACAAAGACAAGGAUUUUGUGAAUCAGAAACAAAUGGCAACCACUUUACUGUCCGUACACCGGUUUCUUCCCUCCCAAAGGAGGGAAAAGAUUGGAUGUUUGAGUGGUUUUAGGACUUCAUUGUGUGGACAAGUUUUGUUCAAUCCAAAUUUCUCUGAGAGACAAAUAGCAAGAAUCCAUGGAAACCGUUUUGUUGUUAACUCACUGUUUGGACUUGGAAAGAAGGUGAAGAAGAGUAUAGUCAGAGAGACUGUGAUUCCUGAACCAGAUUACAGGAUUCCAAUUGUACUACUAGGUAUAGCUGGUGGGUUAGUUUACACAGAAAAUCUAGUGCCUGCUGUACCUGUUGGUCUCCUUGGAUUACUUCUGUUGGUCCAGGCCACUAGAGUGAGAUUCGUCUUUGAUGAUGAAACUUUGGAGGUGAAGAUAGGCGAUCAGCUCGACGAAUCAGGCGAGAAUGCUUUCGUGGGUGGAAAAAACCGCUGGAAGUACUCAACCUUUGUUAAUUGGGAAUUCUGGUGGCCGAACUUUCCUAUCUUGGUUUACUUCAAGGAAACGCAAACAAAACCCGAAGGACAAAUUCAUUUCUUCCCAAUAAUCUUUAAUGGAAAGCAGCUUUAUGAUGUUAUGGUGGAGAGAGCUGGCCCUUCAAAAACUAGUGGCCCAAAAGAAUCCUGAAGACUUAGUUGUGUGGCUUGAGCCUCAGGAAUCAAUGUCUCUAGACAGUAAUUGUUUUGAUUUACAGUUUUGAACCAUAGAUAUCCUGGGAGUCCUGCAAAGAGAUUUCUGAAGAUGACAAAGACUUCCUGUUUCUCUUCCACAUAGUGCUCGAUGUUUCAACUCACCCACAAGUUGAAACUUAAUAGCAAUUCAUUUAUUAUUUAGUCUUGCUAGCACAUAAGCUUAGUACAUUCUAUUUAUUUGAGCUGGACAAUUAUUUACUGUAUUCUGGAAACAUACAGGUUCACGAUACCCAUUUAUAAAAUAUUUGGAUCAUGUUGUCUUCCAUAAA